GCAUUCACUGGAGCAGCUACAUUACUGUCAUUCUUCAUGCUAGCGUGAGGUUUAUGUGCCUUUGAGGGGAAGGUCACUUUUUACCCUCUCCCCCCACCCCCAGCAACCCACCCUCCUUUUGCUAAGCUGUGCAUCAGCAGCAUGAAUUCCAAGAAGCAGUAGGUGUUUCUUGGCAUUUCAACUGGGAUUUUGGAAAGGGAAGCCGGGUAUUUAAUGGGAAAAAAUUGCGAUGAAAGCAAAGGAUGCGGAGGCUGCACACAGCCCUGGGUUUGCAGGCAUGUGGAAGUUGUUGAAAUAGGUAAAGGGUUGAAAUUGGCAUUUGGAAAAUGGUGACUUUUUCUUUAGUUACUUAUACAACAGAUGAAUAUAAGGGAAAACUGGGCCACAAAGAAUUUUUCCUGUUUUGCAGUUUGCUGUCAGCAGAAGGUAAAACAUGUCCUUGAAGACAUACAACUUUACAUAAACAGCUGAUGUUUACAUAAGCCUAGAUAAGUUUGUGAGAAACGCAGAUAGCAGAAGAUGCGGUCUUAGCUGAACUCAGCUAUCCCGCUUUUUGUCCGUGCAAUGAUUUUCAAAUUUUUUUGUAUUGUUGCAGCGUAAGAACAAAGUGAACAGCUGCACCUUCACCAAAGCAACCACCUGCAUUCUUUUUCUCCUCUGGAAUGGACAAUGGGAUGGUCUCUGACUUUAUCAUGAUCAAAAACUUCUUCCUCUUCUGCGUUUCCAUGAGUUUAGCCAGCCACUUUGGCUUCUCACAAACGCCAACAGCGUCAGGAAAAGAGGACACCAAUGAUAACAUCACUAUAUUCACCAGGAUCUUGGAUGGUUUGCUGGACGGCUACGACAACCGACUGCGCCCAGGACUGGGAGAGAGAAUAACUCAGGUGAAAACAGACAUCUAUGUUACCAGUUUUGGUCCUGUGUCAGACACAGAAAUGGAAUACACCAUUGAUGUUUUUUUCCGACAAAGCUGGAAGGAUGAAAGGCUGCGAUUCAAAGGACCUAUGCAACGCCUCCCUCUUAACAACCUGCUCGCCAGCAAGAUUUGGACCCCAGACACUUUCUUCCACAAUGGCAAGAAGUCUAUUGCUCACAACAUGACAACCCCAAACAAACUUCUGCGCCUGGAGGAUGACGGCACUCUGCUGUAUACCAUGAGAUUGACCAUCUCUGCUGAAUGUCCCAUGCAACUUGAAGAUUUCCCCAUGGAUGCACAUGCUUGCCCAUUAAAAUUUGGAAGCUAUGCUUACCCCAAUUCUGAAGUGAUCUAUGUGUGGACUAACAGCACCACAACAUCUGUGGUGGUGGCCGAAGAUGGCUCACGACUUAACCAGUACCACCUGAUGGGACAAACUGUAGGAACCGAAAACAUCAGUACCAGUACAGGUGAAUAUACUAUUAUGACAGCCCAUUUUCAUCUGAAAAGAAAAAUUGGUUAUUUUGUCAUCCAAACAUACCUUCCUUGCAUUAUGACUGUGAUCUUAUCACAAGUGUCGUUUUGGCUAAACAGAGAAUCUGUCCCUGCUAGGACUGUCUUUGGAGUAACAACAGUCCUCACCAUGACCACCUUAAGUAUCAGUGCCCGUAACUCUUUGCCAAAAGUGGCCUACGCUACUGCAAUGGACUGGUUUAUAGCUGUUUGCUAUGCCUUUGUAUUUUCUGCAUUGAUUGAAUUUGCAACAGUCAAUUAUUUCACCAAGAGGAGUUGGGCAUGGGAUGGCAAAAAAGCCCAGGAAGCUGCGAAAAUCAAGAAAAAAGAGCGCAACUUGUUGGGAAAUAAAUCAACUAAUACUUACACAACUGGGAAGAUGACCCCUGCACCAAACAUGCCAAAGGACUCAGCCCCAUCUGUCAUCUCAAACACUACAUCUGCUCCAGUGAAGUCUGCAGAAGAAAAGCCUGCUGAAAGCAAAAAGACUUACAACAGCAUCAGUAAGAUUGACAAAAUGUCACGGAUAAUUUUUCCAGUGCUGUUUGGAACUUUUAACUUAGUUUACUGGGCUACAUAUUUGAAUAGGGAGCCUGUAAUUAAAGGUGCCAAUUCUCCAAAAUAAACUGAAGUACUCUGAAGCCACAUGUGAGCCAUACUUACAAAGCAGAUGCUACCAAGGAAAAUUUGAGAUCCAGAUGACUUUCUACACAUUUGGGCAAUAUUCUUCAGGAAGUUUUUUGCAUGUUUAAUAAUAUGUACAAAUAAUAUUGCCUUGAUUGUUUCUACAUGUAACCUCAGAUGUUUUGGAGACGAUUAUAUUACUUACAGCAAUUGAUCUUUAUAAAAGAUCAGAAGACAUUGAACAUGGCUUCUUUGCUGCUGAGUAUCUUGCAUUGAUAGUUUACAAAUAAAAUAAGUUAUAUUUUUUAACUGUUCAGGUGUACUACAUAUCGUGGUUUUUAUACUUCAGAUGUACAGUCAUUCAAAUAUAAGCUUAACCUAUAUUUUACAGAAGAGCUCUACUGUUGUCAUCUGAUAAGUUACUGAGUAACGCUAGUUGUAAAUGUGCCAAAUUAUUAAGUGUAGGGCUAUGUUUGAGCACCUUUACUAGUUACAGGCAGUGCAUUGCUCCACAGAUAAAACUGCUCAGCCCAAUUUUCAUUGGAAGUUAAAAACAAUGCCAUAAAUCCUAAUGGGACUACGCAGAUUUUCACUGCUUGAGACUCUAGCUUGCACUGAAAUAACAUAGGGAGCAGGAUGCUACUUGUGUAAAUAAAGUGGUGGAAUCUUGCACUUAAAUGAAAAGGUUUGUUUGGAUUUUGCAUUCCAAGAAAUUUUGUUUAACAAUUCUCAAUAUUUAUUCCAAAAAUUAAGAGUUAUAUUGCAUGAAAUUAACAUAGAUUAGGAACAUACUUGUGCAAAUAAAACUUUUAACAACAGCAGUAGACAUUUUUAUCAGGGUAAAGUAAAUGAUGUUUGGACAUUUUCCCCAGAAGAAGAUUGUGUAAUAUUAGCAGAGAUUAUGCUGCAGUAAUUAUCACUUGUUUCCCACAGCAAAAACCAGUCAGCCAACACUAAGGGGUGUAAUCAGAAAAAAAGAUGUACUUCAUGACAGCAAGGUGUUUCAGUGACAAUAUUGGCAGAAAGGUCUUUGUACUGUCCAUCUGAAACUUUUCUAUAAAACGCCUUGCUGCUGACAAUGUGUUUUGCUUUCACAAUGAAUGAGAAAAUGCAGUCUGAGUUUUCAGCUCUUUCCUCCUUGGCAUCCUUUAAUUGUUCCAGAAGCUUUUGUAUUUAAAUCUUAAUGUUUAAAUAAAAAAUGCAUUCAACA